AUGUCUAUGUCCUCUCCCUCCGCCACUACUACCACGGUCCCCUCCGAGUCCUCGUCCUCGCGCCCCAGUCGUCUACGCCGCUUGAGCAACCUCAGGGCGUACGCUCAUUCCAGCGGCCACCGUUCAUAUCGAAAUAGCCUGACCCGGGCUGUUGGCUUGUCAUCGCACUCUGCUGCUCCCUCAGCCUCGUCUACUGCAGACGCUGCACCGACUACUGACACUGCUACUGCUAUUUCUACAACUACUAACCGUCUAGCUACUACGACCACUACUACUACAGCUUCUCCCACCGAAUCAGCACUUAUCCGCCACCCAUGUCCCGAGACUGAUGCUUCAAGGCUCUCUACGACCCCUUCCGCACAAAGUGAGAGCUCGUCCAGCUCAGACCUUCACUCCCACGCUCCCUCUUCAUCUGCUUCUUCACAUUCUACCCCGUCCAACGACCCGGAGUCGUCAGAGCCGCAGCUAGUAUCCGGCAUGGUACGACAUCGGAAUAUGCCACGCAUAGAUCUGCUCGGAGCCAACCAGGACCUGUCGCAGCACUCGUCACCAACGCCUUCGAGUGCUCGGAAUAAUCUCAGUGAGACCCGUCCUAAAAGCUCGGCUGAUACAGCUCAGAACACCUCGCCAGGGAAUAUGGGGUCUCCCAGUAGACGGGCAGACACUACUCCCCAGCCUUCCCCAGAUGUCGGUUCGAAAUCGGAUCCCCCAAAGCCUACGAUACGUUUCUAUGCCUAUCAGGACCCCCAUCAGAAUUCAAGGCCAUCAUUACCUUUCACAACCACCUCCCGGACAUUGCCAGAUGAUUCCUCCGUGAUUCGAGUGGGCCGGUAUUCAGAGCGGGAUGGCAUUCCCGUUCACAAUCCGACGGAACCAUCCGAUGCACCCGUUGGCUUUAAAUCCAAAGUUGUGAGCAGGAGACACUGCGAGUUUUCCUUCGUUAAUGGACAAUGGCAUAUUCGAGAUGUAGGGAGCUCGUCAGGGACUUUCCUGAACCACAUGCGGCUGAGCCAACCCAACAUGGCGUCCAGGCUGUAUGCCAUUAGAGAUGGCGAUAUUCUGCAGCUAGGAAUUGACUUUAGGGGCGGGGAGGAAAUGAUCUUUAGAUGCGUACGGAUGCGGAUCGAAUGCAAUCGGUCAUGGCAGAAACAGGCAAAUGAGUUUAAUAAAAAUACAGCGGCUCUAAUCAAUAACCUGGGGAAGGGGAAAAAUGCAGCAGAUUAUGCGGGUAGCAGGGAAUGCUCAAUCUGUCUUGGUUCAGUGUUGCGUCCAUAUCAAUGUCUUUUUAUGGCUGCUUGUGCCCACGUCUGGCACUACAAGUGCAUACGCCGCCUCAUCCACUCGCCUGAAUACCCCAUGUUCCAAUGCCCAAACUGUCGUGCAUACACAGAUCUCAGUGCAGAAGUAGACGAUUCGAACGACCCUUUUGAAGACGAGGCCCAUCCGGAACCUCCCAAAUCCCGAGACCAGCCUGCACAAGACUAUCCCAACAGUGAUAACAACAAUAACAAUAGCACAAACCCAGCCGCCCGCAAUUCGACAGGGGAGAGGACCCCUUCCUCCGCCCCGAAUGGCCAGCAUAGACCGUCAACUGCAGACCAGGACCGCCUAGCUGGUGCAGUCGACAUGAUGAACCUUGACGAGGCCCCUAUAGCCACCCCCCGAGCCGAAAACGGUACUACGAGGCGAGUGAGCUCGAACGCAAACGCAACCGCGAACGGAAACGUGAAUGGAGAUUCUGACAUGGCGAUGACAAAUGGAAUAAGCGAGCAGGCGACUAACGGAAUUGGUGAGACUUUAUCGCGGAGUUCUAACAUCGAUAUACCGCAAUGCUUACGGCUUGUGGGUGGUCGUCGAGGACUGCAGCCCCAGGGGGAUGGUGGUGGUGGUGGUGGAGGUGGAAAUGAUGUGUUCGAAGAUACCCCAUUAACGCCGCGGAAUGAUUUUGGACCCUUAGCAUUUGACGGCCGUGCUGGCCGGUUGUAG